AUGGAGGCGCAGAUACGAACUCAGGGUUUCAUACUGUGGGUGGAAGACUUUGAUCGUAUUCUUGUUCUGUUCAAUUGUGCGCGACAUCGUGUUGUUGUUCUCUUCAAUUGUGCGUUUCAUCGUGUGGUAUUUCCUGUUCUGUCGUUUUCACAAAUUUUGAUUCGAUUUUACAAGUUCUCCAAAUUUAUAACGAAUACUACCAGGUUGAUUACACUGGAAGUACAUUUUGGAGUUGACAUGCAUGAUGAUAAUUUUAAUUGGGAUGAUGAAAUACUAGAAUGGGCAACUCAGACUGAAAAUGAGCUGAAUGAUGAAUUAGAGCAUGAAUAUGCUACUGUGGAUGCUAAUGUGGUUGUAGAUGUGGAUGCUGAUGUGGUCGAUGUGGAUGCUGAUAUGGUUGAAGAUGUGAAUGCUGAUGUGGUUGAAGAUGUGAAUGUUGGUGUAGAUGGAGAUGUGAAUGUUGAUGUAAAUGAAGCUGUGAAUGUUGAUGUAAAUGAAGAUGUGAAUGGUGAUGUGGAUGAAGAUAUGAAUACUCAUGUGGAUGAAGAUGUGAAUGGUGCAAUGGGUCAAUACUCAGAUAUUGAAUCCAUAUAUUCACCAAGUGAGUUGGAAAACUUAUGCAGAUCAUCCUCUGAAGAAGAUAGCAGUGACAGUGAAGUGGAUAUGGUUCCAAGAAGGCAUAAAUUUAGGAAUAAUGUCAUAGAACUUGACAACAAAUUUUCUUCACCUGAAGCAUUUAAAGUGGCCUUAAGGGAUGAUGCUAUUAAAAGAAAGUAUGAAAUUAGGUUUGUGAAAAAUGAAGGGAAUAGAGUUAUUGCUACAUGUUCAAAAAAUUGUGGGUGGAGAAUUCAUGCAUCAUUUAACUCAGAGGAUGGCAGCUUCCAAAUAAAGGCUUUUAACUUAAAACAUACUUGUAGUUACAACAAGCUUAAUAGUCAAGCAUCAGCCAGUUUUUUGGCAGCCGAAUACAUGGAUACAAUUAGGGAUGAACCCACAUGGAAACCAUCUGCAAUGAAGAAGGCAAUUUUAAGAGAUUUGGAUGUUAAUGUUACCAAAUACAAGGUUUAUAGGGCAAAAAAGAAGGCUAGAUUACACAUUGAUGGUGACUACGGACUGCAAUUCUCAAGGGCUAGAGAUUACUGCCAGCUCAUUCAGACCACCAAUCCUGGUAGUAUUACAGUGACUACUGUUGAUAGACUAACACUUGAUAACCCUACCAGAUUUGAAGGGCUAUUUGUUUGCUUUGAAGCAAUGAAGAGAGGAUUCUUAGAAGGAUAUAGGCCAUUCAUUGGAUUGGAUGGUUGCUUCUUGAAGGGUCCUUACAAAUGGCAGUUGUUAAGUGCAAUUGGCAAGGAUGGAGAUAAUGGAAUAUUUCCUAUAGCCAUAAGUGUGGUUAAGUCUGAAACAAAACAAUCAUGGGAAUGGUUUUUAAACAAACUAGAAAGUGCUUUGGGUCCUCUAAACAGAUUUACAUUUAUGUCGGACAGACAAAAGGGUUUAGUUGAAAUCUUUGAAGACAAGUUACAUGACACUUACCACAGAUUUUGUGUGAAGCAUAUGCAUGAGAAUUUUAAGAAGAAGUUUAAGGGUGCGAAGUUGAGGGAUGAGAUGUGGAAUGCAGUACUUGCUUUGACUGAAGAUACAUUUAAGCAUCACAUGUAUCUUAUAAGUCAGAUUGAUAAAGAAGCCCAUGAGUGGCUGUCAAAGGUGCCAGCUAGGUUAUGGUCAAGGUCUAGGUUUAAUGAUAAUUCAAGAUGUGAUUUGCUUGUUAACAACCUUUGUGAGACUUGGAAUGACAACAUUGGCGAUGCUAGGGAUAAACCAUUAAUUACUAUGUUGGAGUGGAUUAGAGGGUACUUGAUGUAUCGGUUUCAAUCGAAAAGGGAAUGGAUUCAAACCUAG